AUGGUUCAGGAGACGGUAGAGCAAGUUGAGAUGCUCAAGACUCGGCUUAAGGAAGCCCAUGAUCAUCAGAAGAGUUAUGCAGAUAAGCGCCGUAAGGAUUUGGAGUUUCAGGUGGGAGACUUAGUAUACCUGAAAAUGAGGACAUUUCGGGGAGGAUCUAAGACUCGAAAGUUAAAGAAGCUUAAACCGAGAUAUAUGGGACCGAAAGUUGUGAGAGAGCCAGAGCUCAUUUUGCCUCAGCCGCCAAAGGAUCUUGGUAAAAAUUUGUCUGCACCUUGUCUGCCAGUUGAGAUUAUGGAGCGUCAAGUGAAAGCUGUUCAGGAAAUCGAGCCGUCGUUGAGAUUAGUGACGAACCCGCCGCCGUCGCCAGUUCCUGAGCCGAGAUCGGAUACGACACCACCAUCACACGCCGAAGACCACCACCGUGUUCGUGACGUCGAGAGGAGUCCGGAGCUCGAAAAUCAGCCGGAGAAUCGCCGCGACGCGCCCCCAAGCGCGGAGAGAAGUUUCGCGCGUGAAGAUCACGCGCCGCCGCCUCCGCCGGACGUUCGCCGGAGCCGCCGCAGCCGACCACCGUCCGUUCGCCGCCGGGAGUCCGCCGCGCCUCCGCCGCCGCCGGUGAUUUUUCCG